UCUCCCUUCAAAAUGAUUUCAGAAAGCACAGGAGAAGAGUGUGUGAGCAGAGGGGACAGAGAGGGAGAGAAUGAGCAAGAGGGAAGUAUUUAUUACAUCAAUGAAGAUGAUUUCUUUGGUCUGAGUCACUCUGUGUGGGAGGUGAAUGAGCUUGGCAGCCAUUACACGGUCGAGUCACAAUGUGCUUUACCAAAGUGUUGCAAAGAUGAGAGACGCUGACAGGACUUUUACUUAGGUAAAGGAUCUGAAUACUUCCUCCAUCACUGGUUGUUCUUUAACUUUUUAUACUUGAGGUUAAUUUUGCAUAUAAUACUUGUGUACUUUUGCUUUUACUUAUAAUGGAGUAGUACUUUUACACUGUUGUAGUCUAUUGUCACUUUUACAUAAAUAGAGUAUCUGAAGUGGUGGAAAGUAACUAAGUGAAUUUACUCAAGUACUGUAUUUAAGUACAAAUUUGAGGUACUUGUACUUGGUAUUCCACAACAUUCAGAGAGAAAUAUUGUACUUUUUACUUCACUAUAUUUAUCUUACAAUUGGAGUUACUUCAACAAUUAAGAUUUGUAUGCAAGACAUGAAGAGCUUAUAAAAUAUGAUGCUUUGUUAGAGAUUAAACUGCCUAAUAGUAUAUACAAAUAGAGCUGAAAUGCUUUUCUUUUGUUUAAAUUUUAGUAACCUGUGCCAAGAGAUUUGAAAUUGUCAAAGGCAUUUCUCACUAUUUUCUGAAUUUUUUACAAAUCAAACAGUUGAAUUCAGAAAAUAAUCAGCAAAGUCAUUCUUAAUGAAAAGUCCUGUUUAAAACAGAUUUUUAAAAAAAGAACUCAGCCUCAUCAGUAAAAUGAUCUAAUAAAAUAAAUAAAAGUCAUAGGAGACAUUUUUCUGCAUUGAAUACUUUAACUAUUGAUUCUUAAUGUAAAUUUUGCUGAUUAUACUUUUACCUAAGCAACAUUUGCAGGGGUUCUACUUGUCAUGGAGUAUUUUUAGUGUGAUAACUUUUACUGAAGUAAAGGACCUGAAAGGUUUCACCACAAUCGCCAUGUGUCUGAAUAUUUCUACCAUCACUGGAAUUACUUCUGUUCAGUUCAAUUCCAAAUAUGUUUUUCAUCCCUCGAUGGGCAAUUAGAGGGGAUUUUGUAAGCAAAAGUACACAGACAGUUCAUUUCCACGCAUAUAAAACAAAUAAACCAAAUACAGAAAUACUAAAUAUACAGACAUUAGAAAGCAUGUUCAUGGCUGGCCAACAAUGGCUAAAACCACAAAGGCACAAAUUAUGUUAAAAAACAGAAGUCAACCAUAAUUCUAACGUUCUAAAUGCAAUAGUCUUUGAUUGUGUGAGUCAGUUAGACUUUAGUUUGAGUUAAAUUAAGUGUCUUUGUAGAUUUGUAAACAGGUUUGCAAGCGCAGACAUUUUGUAAGUGUGCAGAGUUCUGUUCAUUUUUAUCAAAUCUUUAAAAAUAUCUAUAUGAGAAACCAAGUGAUUUUACUUUACAGAUUUAAACCAAAGGAAAGUGGCAGCAAAGUUUAAUGUUUUGUGCACUGAUUGCUGAGGGUUUCAGUUCAGAGCUGAAAGACUGAGAACAAAAGAUAUGUGAGAAGAAAGAUGAAAAUUUUAAAGGAUUGUGUCACAUCCUCCUUCCUCUCCCCUAUCCGGCGACAGGACAACGGCGGAGAGCUGUUCCGCGCUCUGAUUGGUCGGCAGGACGGCACAACAGCGCUGAUUGGCUGAAAAAUUGCCGCUCCUGAAGUUCUAUUUUGAACAUAAAUACGAGCAGCUUCAGUGUCUUUUUCUCAGAAACCAGGGGCUGUCAGAGAGGGAGUACGCCGUGCUGCAGCUCUCUGCCACAGACAACAACUAUGUGGUUUUACUAAUUUAGCAAGGCUGGAUCAAAUUCUUACUCCACAAGGGAUCACCGAGUCACUUGCAGCCGGUGUUUCGGAUCCUAUUUUGGAAAUGUUUUCUUAAAUUGUUGCUAACUGACUGGUUAGCUCCCUGGUUAGCUCGAAGUGUGGAACGUCUUGCUAACUAAUUGGCACUCUCCGACCCGAAAUUCAAACCAAAUCUUCCACCGAGCAAUAACGACCGCGGGAUUUAAACAAAUUGGACAGCUAAAGAUGGAGUCGGCUCAUGGUUUUGGCAGCACCAGUCCUGUUAAUCCUGUUUCGAAAGGAAGGCCCGACGGGAUCCCCGGGCUUUCCUCGCUCUCUCUGCCCGAGCUGAGCUCACAGAACGCGCACUGCAGGAAUCUGUUCUCCCCUGGACCCGCGACUGUGCUGUCUCCUGUCACCAAUUUGGCUCUGGACAUGAACAAUUUAGCUGGACUCGGAAGCCAUUGUGAUACCCCGAAAAGGAGAAAGCAUGCACCCCUUGAAAAGGUUCCCUCCUUUGCCUCUGACGUCUCAUCUGAUGCUGGCCUCGGCAUGGAUCCCCCGAGCCCCAUGGACCCUGGCGAAGUGGAAGACACAUUUGAAAAGGCUAUUCAACGGUCAAGCCAAGUUGUCAACGAGAGGAUACCAAUUCGAAGGAUCAACUCAUUGCCACUGCAGCUCCUGGGUUUCAGUCCAUCACUGAAGGGACAGGAAACAGAUUCUCCCCGCUACGGAAUAUUCAGCCAGCAACCCUCCCAACUAAAUGCCUCCUCCUCUCAACACGACAACAAAGAGAACAUGCCGGAGGAGGGCUUUGAAUUCAAGAAACCAACCAAUCCGGUGUCACGGGGUCGUGUGCGCUCCUUCAACAGCGGACAGUCGAAGGACGCGUUCGCCUGCCGCCCCAGCUCAGCACCAGCCCUCAUGUUCUCCUCACCUCCUCCAGUCCAGCAGCUGGACUUUCAUGAUUCCAGCCCCAUGUUCCUGAGACGUUCCUCCCUCACCUCGUCUCUAAACGACGACGAUGACGACGGCUUUUUGGAAGUGCUGGACGACAACAUGGAGAGCGACUCGAGCAUGCCAAUGGGAAUGGCCAGCUUGCUCACUGCCCCGCUGGUGUCUGACAGAGCAGGAGAAGACUCUCCUGUGAUUCGCUGCCGGCCACGAAACCUGUUCCGCUCGCCCUCCAUGCCCAGUCCAGUCUCCCGUCCCUGUGCGAAGCGCCCCGACUGCCCCGGAGAUGAGAACACGCCAGUCAGGGUGAAGAGACGUCGUAGCCUGGCAGGAACACAAGUCACCACCCUGGAACAAAACCCUGAAUCCCCUCGGAUGGGCUGCUCGUUUCUCCAGAGGUCCAAGUCCUUCUGUCAGGCAGAGAUCGAGAAGCUGCUGGACGGUGAGGGCGCUUCGAAUGAGCUAAUAGGAGAUUUCACCAAGCCUUUUGCGUUGCCCACAGUGGAAGGAAAACAUCAAGACCUCAAGUACAUUACCUCAGACAUGAUGAUGGAAGCUCUCAAGGGCCAGUUUAACCACGUAGUUGAGCGAGUUAUUGUCAUCGACUGCCGCUACCCCUACGAAUUUGAGGGAGGACAUAUCAAGGGAGCCCUGAACCUGCACCUGGAGGAGCAGGUGGAGGAGUUCCUCCUCAGGACCCCCAUCGUUCCGUCCUGCCCAGAGAAACGAAUCGUCAUCAUCUUCCACUGCGAGUUUUCGUCGGAGCGCGGCCCCCGAAUGUGCCGCUUUGUCAGGGAGCGAGACCGCGCCAUGAACGACUACCCCGCACUCCACUACCCUGAACUCUACAUCCUCAAGGGCGGAUACAAAGACUUCUUCCCUCAUUUUCAGUCACAAUGUGAACCUCAGUCCUACCGGCCCAUGCACCACGAGGACUUCAAGGAGGACCUCAGGAAGUUUCGCCUCAAGAGUCGCACCUGGGCCGGGGAGCGCAGCAAAAGAGACAUGUACAGCCGCCUGAAGAAGCUGUGAGCGCCUCCACGUCCUCCCAGACUGCCUCUAAAACACACUGCCUGCCCCUGAACAGACUGCAGAGUGCAAGUUCCUCUGAGCCUGAGGCCUCACCCCACCAACAAGGAAAUGCGUUUUUGGGAUUGCACCAACAGAUCCGGGAUGUUCUGAAGUCCCUAAUGUUUCAUUUAACUAUAACAAAGUUAGUUAUUUAUGCAAAUUUAAAGAGGGGAAGACGUGAAAUGACGAACCCUUGACCUAAAGGGUCCAAGCUGUCGAGGUGCAGUGAACAGAUUUCAUGAAGAUGAUCUGAAGCAGUGUGAUUGUUUUUUUUUUUUUUUUUUUUUUUUUUAAAACCACUUGGACCUACUGCCCGUUUUACCUUUUUUUUCAUUGUGCUGCCAUAAGCAAACACAAAUCACUGCCAGGUUUCUACACAACAGACAAACCACACUGCCAUGUCUGACGUUUGUCUUUCAGUCUCCUCACUGGAUAUUUCUUUAUUUUAUUUUGCAUUUGUUAUGUUCCAGCAUAUUUAAGCACUUAAUUUAAAAACCUGAAAUGGUGAGGUGCUUUUUUUUUUAUACUGUUUUGUUUUUUUUUUUUAAUAGAAUUUUUAAUGAAUUUUGUUGAUCCCCAUUUAGACACUGAUUUCUUGAGCAUGCCUUUUUCUAGGCAUCCCAAAAUGAGAAUUGGAUAUUUUAAUAACAACUUGUAAAAGUGUAAGUUUGAUAGUUACAUGCAGAGGUUUUUUUUUCUUCCUGAUCAGUUGCAAUAACACUUUUUUUUCUUUUUUUUUUUUUUUUUUUGUUCCUCGGUCAGAAGAAACCAAAGCAAACAAACUACCUGUUAACUUUGCAGUGAGAUUUUUUUCUGAUGCUGCAGGUCAGCGAGUGUGAGAGGAUUUUUAAUCUAAGAAAAACACCUUUUGUUUUGCUUUGAAUCCCUUAAUGUUCGGAGAUAAAAUGUCUUCCCCUGUACAGAGCCAUUGAUGUCAGAUUAUAAUGAAUGGGGUGGUUUGAAUAUUUUGGUACAGGCUCAUGAGGGAGCUGCUGAAAUAAAGAUCCGAUGUGCG